AUGAUUCGUCGUGUUUUGCAGGCAGCCCCUAAAAGAACGGUGGGUUUGCGGCUUCAAUUCAGCAGCAGAGCGGCAGUCCGUGAUCAGUAUCAUUUUGACACUCGGAAAUUUGCCAUCAAGCUUGAGCGGGAGGGGUUCACGCCAUCGCAGGCCGAUGCCAUUCUCAAGUCGCUGGCCAACGUGCUGAGUGACACGAUUUCCAACGUGAACAACAAUAUGGUCUCCAAAGAAGAGUUUUCUCGGCGAGUGUACCAACAAAAAGUGGACUUCACCAAGCUCAAGUCCGAGCUCCAGAAUCUCGAUAAAGGCGACUUUGCCCGCAUCAGCGACGAGCACGAGCGGCUGGUGACCGACGUGGAGAAAACGAAGCAGCAAUUCAAGGAGACGGUGGCAAAGGCCCGGGCAAAUGUCCGUUUAGAUCUCAAUUUGGAGAAAGGCCGCGUGCGUGAAGAGAGCGCUGGCCAGGAGCUGAAGAUCCAGGAAAUCAGCGCGCGAAUCGACGAAGAACUGUCGAAUUUCAAGACCCAAAUCGAAGGAACAAAGCUCCAGGUGCUCCAGUGGCUUAUUGGUGUCUGCACAGGUACGCUGGCGCUGGUACUGGCAUAUAUCCGGUUGUUAACCUAA